GUCUGGCAGCUAUUGCAGCAGAACGUCAACGUGACAUGGCGCAGCGCGACGAGCAAGCAAGGCUUAGGCAUGCGGAACAGCGAGAGUUGGAUCUGCGGAGGCAAGAGCAGGUCUACGGUCGUGACUCCCGCGGUGCAAUGCAUGCGUCCUUUGGCACACCUUUCGCAAGCAGACAGCCAUUUGGCGCACCGAGCAUGCGCGAACCAGGUUUUAGGGAAGCAGGCCUUCGAGAGCAAGCGUCACGCGAAGUUGCAGAGCGAAUGCAAGAGGAGGAACGGCGGAUGCAGUUCAGAACAGAGCCAGCGGCCUUUCUGCGAGAGAGGGAGCGUCCAUCUUAUCCAGCGACGAGACCUGAUGAGCAGCAGCCACUUUUCCGACGAUCAACACCUUCGAAUGCAUACGGGCCUUAUGGACAACCUCCACCUGGGAGUCGGAGGUAGCAAGGAUUUUGUAUGACUAUUGUGUCUUUGGAUACCCCAUUUGCGUUGGGAUGAAGCAUGGGCCCAGGGUGGUAGCGCGUCUAUACAUUUGAAUUCUUUAUGUGUCGAGAGAUAACCCUCGAUUAGGAACGAAAGAGAGAUCGAUGUAUG